AUGCGACCACCAAGAGGCGGCGGUGGCUUCCGGGGCGGCCGUGACGGUGGUUUCGGUGGUAGAGGAGGCGGCCGAGGCAGGGGAGGUGGCCGCUUUGGUGGUCGUGGCGGCGGAGGUUUUCGUGAUGAGGGUCCUCCAUCUGAAGUCGUUGAGGUUUCUUCUUUCCUUCAUGCAUGCGAGGGAGAUGCAGUCACAAAGCUCACGAAUGAGAAGAUUCCUUUCUUUAAUGCCCCUAUCUAUCUUCAGAAUAAGACCCAGAUAGGUAAAGUUGAUGAGAUUUUCGGCCCCAUCAAUGAAUCCUAUUUCUCGAUCAAAAUGAUGGAAGGAAUCGUCGCCACCUCAUAUUCUUCUGGGGAUAAAUUUUAUAUUGAUCCAGCUAAACUUUUACCUCUCGCUAGAUUCCUCCCACAGCCGAAGGGACAGUUUGCCGCUAGAGGUGGAGGUCGUGGUGGGGGCAGAGGUGGCGGCAGAGGUGGCCGUGGGGCUGGUGGCUUUCGUGGAAGGGGCGGUCCAAGAGGUGGCAGAGGUGGCCCUCCAAGAGGUGGUGGCCGUGGUGGUGGCUUUAGGGGUAGAGGAAGAUACUAAAUUAGCAUUAUGUAAUACUAUAAUUUUAUCAAUUUUCCAUUUGCAAUGUCAUUUUGGGAAGCGUUUGCUAGAGUCUUUUGUUAGUACUGUAUUUUGUUUGGAAUCAACUUCUCUUUAUUGAAGCUACUACCUAAUUUAAUUCUACCGCUAAUUUUAAUGUCUUACUAAGCAGUGUAACAGAAAUUUUCUAGUCUGUGCCUCGAUAUAAUAUAUGGAUCGAGUUCGUGGAUUAUGAAA